AUGAAUUCCGAAGUUGAGCAAAUUCCUCUGUGUAGCUCCAAAGCGACUCCAGUGGACGGAGUUGCGUUUCAAGAGAGGUUGAAGGAAGAACUCCGCUCAUUGAUUACUUAUGUGAAACUGAAUAAGCAAAAUGACUCUGAUUGGUUCAAAUUGUCUUGUGACAAGACGGGAACGAAAUGGAGUGGAAUUUGCUGGUUUUACUAUAAGCGUGCUCGAUACGAGUUUAAAGUCGAAUUUGAGCUGCCUGCAACAUACCCGAUGAGUCCACCAGAGAUAAAGUUACCAGAACUUGAUGGAAAGACACCGAAAAUGUAUCGUGGCGGAAAGAUUUGUUGUGAUAUUCACUUUAAUCCACUUUGGGCAAAGCACGCCCCAACCUAUGGAAUUGCACACGCAAUGGCACUUGGUCUUGGUCCCUGGCUUGCCGUUGAAAUCCCCCAUCUUGUAGAAUUUGGAAUGCUUUGUUUUGUUUGUCGAACGAAUGGUUUAUUUCAUGUUAUUACCUAA